UUUCUUUUUUCUUGUUUUUGACCCUUCGCUUACAAAACCAAAACUUUGCACUUUUUUUGAACCAUUUCACUCUCUCUGUCUUCGAAAUGGCCGGUGAAGGACCCAACGGCGGUGGAAGCAAGCCAUGGCAGGAAGACAUUUACUGGACCCAUUUCCAGUUCAUCCAUUUCACCCAAUUUCUGCACAACGAUUUUCAACAACAGCUUGCACUUCCCAAAACAUUUUCAGACAAUUUAAAGAAGAAGUUGCCAGAAAAUGUUGCCCUAAAAGGUCCUAGUGGAGUUGUGUGGAAUAUAGGGCUGGUAAUUAGAGAUGAUUCUGUUUACUUCGUGAACGGUUGGGAACGAUUUGUGAAGGAUCACUCUUUGAAAGAGAAUGAUUUCCUUGUCUUUAAGUACAAUGGUGAAUCACUCUUUGAGGUUUUAGUCUUUGAUGGAAACAGUUUCUGUGAGAAGGCAGCUUCUUAUUUUGUUGGAAAAUGCGGACCUGCUCAAACUGAACAAGGGGGUAGCAAGGCAAAGGAAAACAACAAUUCUGUUGAAGAAGUCAAUACUGCUUCUAAUGGUGGCGUUGAAUGUGGUUCAUCGGAGAAAUUUCGGCGUCUUAAGAAAGUAGGAACACCAUUAGCUGUACCUUUUGAAACUGCCAACGGAAAGACUUCCAAUGCUGGUGUAAGAAUUGAUUCCCCUGAGCUGUUUGCGGCGGAUACAGUCACCAAGACCACACCUGUAGCAGUUCCCUUCCAAUCAGCUGCAAAAAGGACCAAGAAGCCUGUUAAUGAAGUUACGCCUGUCGUCCAUACUAAGAAGCGAGGAAGACCACCAAAAGUAGAUAAUUCUUCGGAGACAAUUCGUGAUUUGGUGGCUUACAGCAAGGAACACUCAGGGAAUGUAUAUAUCAGACAACAUAAAGAGAAGAUUCCCACGCCCCUUCCCGACGCUGAUCUGCCACUUGAACCUGUACUUGUUGAAUCACGACAUUCUGUUAGAACAUUUCGAGCACCAGAUAGAUAUUCACCAGACAGAUAGCAAGGGAAAAGAUGUUGAUGGCCAUGAUGAAAUUCAAGGCGGAACCUGAACCCGUUCGAGUUAUGCAUUCAGAUGAAGGUUAUUUGUUCCUGUAGAAUAGUUUGUACUAUCUGUUUUUUUCUUCUUUUCCAUCUUGACUAGUGAUAUGAUGGAAACAUCAAGACUUUAGCCUUUUGGAAGUAGGACAUAUAUAUAGAAGUAUUGUUGCAAAUAUGUAACAUAUGGUUCUCUUGAUUGGUGGCUUAUUUCUAAGCAGUACAAUUAUUGACUAGAUGAAAGGAGAUGGUGAUAAACUCCUUAAAUUUUCAAUUACUUUAUGUGAUAUUCCUAUCUUUGAAAACAAUA